GUAAUAUGCAGUUAAAUGUAAAUAGAUAUAUUUCUACGUAUUGAAAAUAAUAAACGGACUGUGUUAUACAUUGUUUAAAUAUGAUACAAUUUAAUGCCUUUUGAGUUACCGUUUUAUUUACCUUUUAUUUCUUAAAGGUUAGAUAUAUAUGCCACGUUUUUGUAAUAAAAUAAAAGCCUACUCUGUAAAAAUCGUUUUUCUGGUAAUGGGAAAAACGAUACUGCGAAGUAUUUUUAAUUUGUGUGCCUUCUCUGCUUUAGUCACAUUUGUCUGUUAUAAUUAGCGACUAUUACCUGACCGCUGAUAUGUAACAGCCUAGCUGCAGCGGUAUUUACGGUAUUGCUCGUGUAUCGUGUGUAUUACGGUAGAUUAUAUAAGGCUCAGCUGGCCCCGUUCUGCUCCGACUGCUGCCCAUCAGUGACCGCAUCAAGCGUCCUCGGACAGUCCGCUCUUAACCCGCUCUUCCUGCUCGCAUUUCAUCCAUUCGAGGUGCAAGACGCAAAGUAAGGAUCCGGACGGCACGAUGAGCUCGCUGAACGUGAAGAAGCUGAAAGUGAACGAGCUGAAGGACGAGCUGAAGAAGAGGAGCCUGUGCGAUAAAGGGCUGAAGGCUGAGCUGAUGGCGCGGCUGCAGGCCGCUCUGGAUCAGGAGGCGCUGUCCACCAACGGCUCUGAGGCACAGUACGAGGACGGAGGCGGCCUCGGGAACAUGUCCGAUGAAGACCUCGAGGAAGAUCUGGCCGGGGAGAGCAUGGAGGCUGAGGAGGAGGAGGAGGAGGAUGGAGAUAACGCGGAGGCUGAGGAGCAGCAGGAUGAUGACAUGGAGGAGGAGGAGGAGGAGGAGGAGGAGGAAGAAGAGGACGCCGGGGUAGAGAUGGAUAAAUCAGAUGAAGAUGAAGAUGUCCUGCUUAAAGAAGACGAUGAGGAGAUGGAGAAAUUUGAUGAGGAUGAUGUGGCUCUCGACAUGGGCCCUGACGAGGGGGAUGCGGAGAAAGACAAGAAUGAUGAACAGAAGAAUAAGAAGGGUGUAAAGAGGCGCCGAGAUGAACAUGGAAGGGGCUACUUUGAAUUUAUUGAAGAAAGCAAAUACAGCCGGGCAAAGUCUCCCCAGCCUCCACUGGAGGAAGAGGACGAAGAGUUUGAUGACACCACUGUGUGCUUGGACACCUACAACUGUGACCUGCACUUCAAGGUGUCUCGGGACCGGUAUAGCGCCUCUUCACUCACGAUGGAGAGCUUCGCGUACCUUUGGGCCGGGGGGCGGGCGUCUUACGGUGUGGCGAAGGGCAAGGCUUGCUUUGAAAUGAAGAUUAUCGAGAAGAUUCCUGUAAAACACAUUUCCAGUAAAGGAAUUGAGAUUCAUGACGUUCUGGUGGGUUGGUCACUGGCCAGUAGCACUCUUCUGCUAGGGGAGGAAUCGCACUCGUAUGGCUUUUCAUCUAAGGCCAAGAAAACCAGCAACGGUGUGACGGAGGACUUUGGGGAGGCUUUUGAUGAGAAUGAUGUCGUCGGUUGCUUUAUUAACUUUGAUGGUGAAGAAGUGGAAAUUUCCUUCUCCAAGAAUGGCCAGGAUCUGGGAACGGCUUUCAAAGUCAGUAAGGAUGAGCUGGAGGGAAAGCCGUUCUUCCCUCACGUCCUCUGCCACAACUGUGCGGUUGAGUUCAACUCCGGCCAGCGCGAAAGCCCGUUUUUCGCCCAACCCGACGGCUUUACGCUCCUUCAGCAGAUCCCCGUUUGCGAUCGCAUCAGAGGGCCGAAGGGACCCGAGACCAAAGAGGACUGCGAGGUCAUCGUCAUGGUCGGACUGCCUGGAUCUGGAAAAACCGAAUGGGUCACAAAGCACACCCAAGACAAUCCUGGAAAAUACAACAUCCUUGGAACAAAUACAAUCAUUGAGAAGAUGAUGAUUUCCAGUUUGAAGCGGCAGAUGAAAGAUGUCACGAAGCUCUCGGCGAUAUCUCAGCGCGCUCCCCUGUUCCUCGGGAAAUUCAUAGAGAUCGCGGCACGGAAAAAACGGAACUACAUACUUGAUCAGACAAAUGUCUCAGCUCCAGCCCAAAGAAGGAAAAUGUGCCUGUUUGCUGGUUUCCAGCGUAAAGCUGUGGUAGUCUGUCCGACAGACGAGGAAUAUGUACAGAGGACUCAGAAAAAGGCAGAAACCGAUGGCAAAGAUGUACCUGAACAUGCAGUCCUAAAAAUGAAGGGUAUAUACACGUUGCCUGUGGAAGGUGAGUGCUUCACUGAAGUGCUUUUUGUCGAGCUGCAGAAAGAAGAAGCUACCAAACUUCUUGAACAGUACAAGGAGGAGAGCAAAAAUUCCCUUCCUCCUGAGAAGAAGCCCAACCAGGGAGGUGUUCAACCAAAGAGGGGAGGCACUCGGGGACGAGGAGGUAAAAACCUGUUCAACCGUGGUGGAGGUGGACAGGGUCAGAGGGGAGGACGAGGAGGCUUUCAAAACCGAGGCAACUUCAGGGGUGUGCCUGGACCUCGUGGUGGGUUCAACAGACCACCGAGAGGCUUCCUUCCUCCCCCUAGCUUUCGAGGAGGCUUCAGUCGGGGCAGUUUCAACCGUGGCGGUGGGAUGCCGAACAGAGGUGGCGCCCCCAGGCCGGGACCCGGACGUGGAAGUAUGGUUAACAUGGGCAACAGAGGAGGAGCCAUGAACAGGGGCAAUAUGGGACGAGGAGGAGGGGCCAACCGGGGCAACUUUAACCAGAAAUUCAGGGGUCGAGGAGGAAAUAAUCGAGGUUUUAAAAAUGGAAACUUUAGCAUGAACAAAGCUCAAGCGUUCAACCAGAGCUGGCAGCAAGGGUUCUGGAAUCAGAAACCGUGGAGCCAGCAGUACCAUCCUGGAUAUUACUGAAUAAUAACUGUGAUGGACUGAUAUCACGUCAGCUUUAACUUCAUUUUAUCUCACGUCCUUUUGUUUUUGUACAGAUGUGAAUGGGACAUUCCAUAUCGGGAGCUUUCAGAGCUUCGCAGGUGUCGCGGUUUUAUAAAUGAAUAUUUAACGUUUCGUACGCGAUUCGUGCGACAGUGCGGUUCAAUUCAGGAAUCUCAGUGUUACUUCAGGGCGGGAUGUUUGUCGUUUAAAAACUUUCAGGGUUCCGAAUUUUAUUUUUAAGUAGACUCGUGCGAAUCUUUGCGUAGCGGUAAAGCUCAGAAACUUCACUUAAGAGUUGUCAAGGCACUUCGCAGUUACGUAAAGAACAUUCGUCCUGCUGCAAUAAUAUUUGAAACGUAUAAACCAAGAUACUGAAAUUCGGAGUAAGUCUUGUAUAUAAGGUCCGGUCAGCUUUCGGACUGUAUAAAGAAAAACGGAUCGAAAUAACUGGAAAUUAAAAAAAAAAAAAAAAAGUAGUUGUGUAAUAAUUGUGUGUUUUUUUUUUUAUCUCUUCGUUGGAUUAGAAUUGAACUGAAUUUAGAAAGUGUACAAAAAUGAAGUAGGUGCUAAACAAGUCUGUAGAUGUAAAAUCUGUCCAGUGUAGAAAAGCAAUGUUGUCUUGUCUUGUACACCGCAGUCAGGUUCUACAUGUGUGUCUUCAGCGUGGUUUUAAUAUUUUUGAAGACAAGCAGAGCUUUAUUAAAUAACCCCGUCAGAUUAUGAAUAUUUCAUCUUUUUCUGUAGGGAGCAAUAAGCAGAAUUGUCCAUCCUUUGCCACUAAAAAUCAAAGCAGAAAUAAUGAUUUAUAUUGUUUUUUUUAUUUAGGAUAUUAUUUUCGGCAUUUUAUUUCGUGAGCGCGUUAAGAACUUUUUUCCGGCUGCAUUUCUUAUAAAUCAGAUGUAUUAUUUUAUUAUUUUAUUUUGAAAUGAGGUUUACUGCUCCUUAAUGGUUUUAACUUAGGUUAAAAUUCAUAUUCGACAUAUUUUGGUCUUUUUCUUUUUUUUUAAGUGUAUGCGUGUUUAAUACGACAUUUAGACGUGACCCAAAUUUUUGUAGGCCUGUAAAAAUUUGUAGUUUGCUUAAAAAAUAUUGCAAUUAAGUAGAAUUUUGAACUACAUCAUAUUAAUAUAUAAAACGAUGGCUACACAGUUCUUUUAUAAUAGUUUUGUCUUUAUAGUAAAGCUCUCAAACGAUGCCAGGACGCCAUUGUGGACUGUUAACAAUAGACUGAUUUUCUAGUGCUUUAAUGGAAAAAUUAUUGUAACUGCAGACAAAUGUAAACAUUAACUUGUUUGAAGGUUUCGUUCUCUUAUUCAUAAUUCCCACAACAUAAAUGCUAUUCAAUUAUACCAAUAGGAUGAUUACUUGUCCUUCUGCUAGAUCCUUCUGUAUCUAUCUUUUUUUUUUUUUUUUUUGGAUUGUUAGGACGUCUUCUAUGUUUAUGAUGCAAUGACAAAUGUUUUACCUAUCGUCGACUAAAGAAAUGUCAGAUAUCCGGAACAUAUUAUUUUACUGUCUGAUCUUAACUGAAGCUUGUUUUUAUGUUGUAUUUGUUCAUGGCUAAGGUAUUUGGUCAGGUAAGAAAUAUACAAUUUAAAUUAUAACACUUUGUAACGUAGGCUUUUUUCCUUCUUUCUUUUUUUAUACCUUGCAAUGUUUUGUAUUUCACCUUUAAUCAAAUAAGGAAAAGAUGAAAUGAGUAACUUAUUCCAUGCAUUCUCUGGAGAUUGUUUUUAAAUGAUAAUAAAGUUUGAAGAUAA